AUGCCAGGCUGGGAAGAUAGCUCAUGGGAUUAUCAUGGUGAGGAUAGGAAAUUGUAUUUUAAAAAUAAUGGCAAAACAUAUAGAACAGCAUUUACGACCGGUGAUACUAUCGGAUGUUGUUAA